UCGGGGUGUUGUGCUUUUGUUUGCGCCCAUUGAACGCGUGAGAAGGGCAAAGGGCAUGUCUGUGGAGGAUGAGGGGAACGAGCUGCUUUCGCUUCUUCAAACUUGCGAGAUCGGAAUGCCGUGGCAGCAGCGUUCGGAAGCAUGCCGCGCUCUGCUCCGUCUGAUUGAGAGCCAGCGUGUGAGAGAUGUCGACAAGCUCCCUCGGAAGAUCUACACGUUCAUUUUAGAUUCUCUUCGCCUAGGGUGGAAACAACCUGGAGAGAAGUAUGCACAAGCUUGCUGGACAGGCCUCGUUGCACUUCCAGAAUUUGAGGAGACGGUGGCUGGAGAUUGCAUUGAUGAUGGAUUUUUGGAGGAGCUCUGCGGCAGGUUCCAAGCCGGUGUGCCGGACGAGCGAGCUUUUCUACGUGACACCCUCCACUGGGCUUACGCAAGCUUCCCGCAAAAGCGUAGGUUCCUUCGGAGAAAAAUUGGCGGCUUGCUAGCAUACUUCGUGAGAACGCCAAGCAGCAAGUUUCAUGUCGCAGAAGUACUCCAGUGCCUCCGGCUGAUCAUCAAGGGGUUCCCCAGCCUGAGCAAGGUUCGCGCUCGCUCGCACGCCCCCCACGUAGACUGCUGCUGCUGUUCUAUGCAUUGUUUAGCCGAUAUUUACCAGAGUAUUUUGUAGACAGUGCGCGUCAUGCUAGUCGGGCACCACCAACCUCGUCUUGCGCACAACGCUGGGGUUUGUGUCUCCUCCGUGGGUUAUGAUCAGGUGCUGCAUUAACCCUCCUAUGCAUACAAUGGCGUACCCAGUUAUGCUUACGUAGUUGCAGGUUUAUAUCAGGUCCAGAAAAUAUCGCGUCCGCUCAUGUGGGAAAAAAAUGGCUCUACAAUCCCGCGGGAUCAAUGAACUCGGUUUUAGACAGAAAAGUGUCCCCAAAUGCACUGGAGACACUCUCCACACUGAAGUCAAAUCAGCAAACUUGUCCGUACUAAGCUAUUACAUGUACCAGACUUUCACCAACAAGGGGACACGCGGCUCAAUAUGCGUCCAGCUAUGUAGUACAAUGGUUGAACCAAGCCCGAUUUUUCCAGUGUGCAAACAUGACCAUCCCCACCUUCGUGCGG